GCAACCUGGCAUUUUUCCCUGCGUAUGCUGGCGGCGGCAGGCGUCACAAGGGGAUGCAUCUUUAAACUAAUUUCUGCGUCUAGAGGACGAAUUUGCAAGAGUGUUUGCAGCGGAACGUCGAGCGACUGCAGAAGAACAACCGUGGCGGCCGGAAUCCGCAGAAGCAUUUGCCGGUGAAGAGCAAUCUGCAUUUUCGGCAACGCUCUUGCAGCCGCUCCGGCCCAAGUUGCAAGCUACAGCCAUGUUUCCAGGCUAGUUUCCUCUCACUUUUUUUUUUUUUUUUCUUCUGUGCUUCGAUUACUCUAGCACCCGGCAACUCAGCUGGGCCAAGUGUGUUAGGCCUAGGAGCGGACGACGCAGUGUUGAACGGCGCACUUUUUGUCGCAAAAAGCGAUAUAUAGUACUUGUCAGCGUAGGGUGGCGGCCUAGCUAGCAUCGGAGAUACUUUUAUAGAGGUGUGAGACAAUCGCUGUGGAUUGACCGAGUGCCAGAACCGGCGGCGCGUGCUAUUCGUGAUCGCGAGGGACCAAGUUUCGCAAGCUCAACAGAGACUUGGGCCGGUCGGCGCGGCGUUUGGUUUGUUUAUCUAGUAUUUUAUUUCGUUGGACGUUCGCGCGCGUCAGUUUGGAUCGCUUUCGAGACAUCCGUUUUAGGUCGGCGGCUCGCCCGCCGCACCAACUUGUCCAGAUAACUGCAGGCGGCGACUUGUUUCUCGUCGUACGUCGUGUAUAAAAAGAGCGACAAGGAUCCCAACUUUUAUUUGCUUCACGUGGGAGAAGAGCAGCCGAGAUUGUCAAAGUUUGGUUUAGCCUCGACACCAGGCCCCGGCGGCACUGCCGCCUGCCCAACUGCGGGAUCGGCGAGAAAUUGUUUGCAAGGAUAAAAGAAAGAAGCACUCCGCCACAAGGACAGCGUAAAGUUGUGACAGCGGGUGACAGACGUUUUUGACGCACUAGUCCACCUUCCCGAGUUCCUCACCCGCGAACUUUUUCCUUCGAUCGUCCGGAAUCGCCAACGAGUUUCUAGUAAAAACAAAAUAAAAUAAAAAAAAGUUGCUCUAACCCUCGGCAGCAGACGAACACCCUCCUUCACGUCGCCUCAGAAGUUGUCGUGCGUGCGUGCGUGUGUUUGUGCGGUGGUGGUGUUUGUGCGGGAGCGGCGACGGUUCUGUGCUGUGUAUGUUUAGUGGGUCUCCGAGCUUGAAUGGGAUCGUAGCCGACAAGUACGUAGCCUUCACCACUCCAAACAUACUGACACGCGGUUUGAUCAUCCGAUGGUGACGACGCCAGCAGACCGUUGCGCCUCCGAAGCAUGCGAAAACUGUCCAAGUCCAAGAGCGGCGACAAAUCGACUCAGUCGGCGGCCGCACAGCGUCUAGCGACCUAUCGCACCGAGUCAGCGUCCGCGGGAGCCGCCGGCACCGUCGCCCCGUCGUCAGAAAGCCCUAAAGUUAGUCCUAGCUCUCCGGACGUCGAGCACGGCACCUCUGAAGUCGCCGAAACGUCGUCAUCGUCGUCCGACGCCCGUGUUAUGAGCGGUCUGGAUCAGCCGUCGACGAGUCGGGAACACACCGUGAAGCGCGGCUCUUGCUGCUGCCACGUGGAGUGCUGCGGAGACGCUUCGGCCAGCGUCGCCGCGGAAGAAGAGGAGCGGGAGGACCGAGAUCCCUCCCCGCUUCCCACGCCGCCCCUGCCACCGCCGCCUCCUCCCCAGGAAAAGAAGCUGAGUUCGGGGUCUCUGGGGAGCGGGGAUGCGGCACGACCCAAGCAGGUGACGGUGACCCACCCCGGCACCACCAAGCCCAAGCCCACGUCUAAAAAGAAAGGCUCCAUCCAAGCAGACCUCCUGUACUCCCAGUGUCAGAGCUCGUCGCAGCGAAUCAUGGCCGGGGUCAAAGUUAAGAUGGACGAGUGGCUGAGCAACCGCUCAAACAAGGUCAAAAUGGAUGUUUCCAAGGAGCUCAGUCGCUGCAAGGAGGAAGGCUCGACCAGGCUGGACCUCAGCAAAUCGAGCAUCACGGUGCUGCCGUCGUCUGUGCGGGAGCUGGGCCACCUGGUGGAGUUUUACCUGUACGGCAACAAGCUGGCCACCCUGCCUGGGGAGGUGGGCAGCCUGGUGAACCUGCAGACCCUGGCCCUGUCGGAGAACUCCCUCACCAGCCUGCCUGACACCCUGGCACACCUCAGGCAGCUCAGGGUGCUCGACCUCAGGCACAACAAGCUCAACGAGAUCCCAGAGGUGGUGUACCGUCUGACGUCGCUGACGACACUCUUCCUGCGGUUCAACAGGAUACGGGAAGUCGGAGACAACAUAGCCAACCUAACCAAUUUGACGAUGCUGAGCUUGCGCGAGAACAAGAUCCGGGAACUCCCGGCUGGCAUUGGCAAGCUGACUCAGCUGAUCACCUUCGACGCUUCCAACAACCAGCUCAAGCACCUGCCCACGGAGAUCGGCAACUGCGUCCAGCUGUCGACCCUCGACGUCCAGCACAAUGAACUCAUCGACAUUCCCGAGACGAUAGGGAACCUCAAGGUGCUCACUCGGCUAGGGCUCAGGUAUAACCAGUUGACUUCGGUGCCCAAGUCCCUGAGCAACUGCGUCAACAUGACGGACUUCAACGUUGAAAGCAACCUGGUGUCUCAGUUGCCGGAGGGGCUUCUAUCAAGCUUCAGCAACCUGAGCAGCCUGACCCUGUCGCGCAACAAUUUCACGUCUUACCCCGUGGGUGGUCCGUCCCAGUUCUGCAGCGUCUACGCGAUCAACAUGGAGCACAACCAGAUCAACAAGAUCCCCUUUGGGAUCUUCUCGAGGGCCCGAAACCUGACCAAACUCAACAUGAAGGACAACCAGCUCACGUCCCUACCCCUGGACAUGGGCACCUGGACCAACAUGGUGGAGCUGAACCUAGGCACGAACCAGCUGAGCAAGGUGCCCGACGACAUCCAGUACCUGCAGAGCCUGGAGGUGCUCACCCUGAGCAACAACCUGCUCAGGAGACUGCCCCCGACCAUCGGCAGCCUGGCCAAGCUGCGCGUCCUCGACCUUGAGGAGAACCGCCUCGACGCCCUGCCCAACGAGAUUGGUAUGCUGCGGGAGCUGCAGAAGCUGGUGGCGCAGAGCAACCAGCUGUCAAGCCUGCCGCGCGCCAUCGGGCACCUCAGCAACCUCACCUACCUGGGCGUCGGCGAAAACAACCUCAACUUCAUCCCUGAGGAGAUCGGCACGCUGGACAGCCUGGAGUCCCUGUACAUCAACGACAACCCUAACUUGCACAGCCUGCCCUUCGAGCUGGCGCUCUGCUCCAACCUGCAGAUCAUGAGCAUCGAGAACUGCCCCCUCUCCCAGAUCCCGCCUGAGAUCGUCAACGGGGGGCCCUCCCUCGUCAUCCAGUACCUCAAGAUGAAAGGGCCGUACCGGACUCUGUGACCUGUCGUUGACCCGCCACCACGCGCGGCAGCGUCACGCCCGGCCAAGAGUGGCGCCCAGGGCCGGCCCCUGCGGAGGCUCCGCUGGAGAGCCGUUGCCCUCACGGCGCUGCUGCUGGGCGCCUUCCGCCGCCGCCCGGAGUGCGGGAAACCACCCUGGCCAAAGACGACGUCUCCGUGCCUGGCGCACACCAAAAUAUCCUCCAAGAAGCAGCGCGGCAGCGACCACCUAGCGGCCACUGAAGGCGCGGUCAAGCAGAUGACGCCCUGAACCCACCCCCCCCAUCCCGCGCAAAGCAGACAAAAGCGUCGCCGCUUUCCUUUCGUCCUCUGCCGGAGGUUGUUUGGGAAGUUGAGCGGAAGCCGCAUUUCAGUCGUCUGCAAGGACCAAAAAGCUCAUCCUGCUGGACCUGCUAUGGCCGAGCCAAAGCCGAAAUCGAAGCUGAAGUCGAAGCCGAAGCCAUAAGUGGAGCCUGUACCGGAGCUGGAGUUAAAGUUGAAGUCGGCCCUGGAACUGAAGUUGGAACUAAAUCUGGAACCUCCAUUAGAUCUAACAUUAAAGAAAAGGAAUUUGGACCUCGAGCCAAGCCAAAGUUGAAGCCAGAACUGAAGCCAAAGCUGAAGUCAAAGCUGAAGCAAAACGUGCAAGCCGAAAGCCGGUCCUGGAACUGAAAUCAGAACCAAACCUGGAUUGGAUUUAACAUUAAAGAAAAGGAAUUGUGGCCUCGAGUUGAGCCAAAGCCUAGCCGAAGCCAGGACUGCAGCCGAAGCUGAAGCUGUAAGCCGAGUGGAAACUGGCUCUGGAACUGAAGUUGAAACUAAACCUGGAACCUCGAUUGUAUUUACGUUGUUGGUCGGAAUUGUGGCCUCAGUGGAAACCUGUCGUAAGGCUGGAGCCCUGUUGACUCGAGGCUGCGGAGCCGAAGCCUUAACUAGGGCUGAAGCCGAAGCUGGGGCCAAAGCCGUGGUCGGUGCCAGGACUGGUCAAGGACAGAGUUAAAGCCUAGGUGGAGGAGCGAUGCAUGGUCCAGAGUCGAAGUUGAUGUUGGAGCCAUAGCCAUCGUUAUCAUAGCCAAAGCCACGCCAAAUGUCGUUUGGACAUAAAUUGCUUCCGGGACGGCACGAUCUCGGUGUGUACCCCGCGCAACGGUCAUGUUGCCCUUCCGACGUCAACUUGCCGCCGCCACUGUCGACGAGUGGACACGCCACGUGUUUAGAGAAACCAUGCUUCCCGUUGACUUUGAACGUUGGACUUGUUCUUCCGUCAAAGACACUGAACGACAGUGCGUGCGCACCAACCCACAUUGUUUAAAAACUGGCGUCCCAGUGUUGUUGGUUCUGUUUUUCUGUGGGUGCCGAGUACAGCCAAAGAGAAGAGGAAAAAAAAAAGCGCAAGAAUGAUCUUCUUUUUUUUUUUUUCUUUUACCAUCAUCGUUGUAUGCUGCAUUUUGACCUAUAUUUAUCGUGCGAUAUUUUUACCAGAAUUUGUUUUUAACAUAUCAUUUCCUCCGAACAUUGCAAUGUUCAUGCAACGCAUCUUUUUUUUUUUUUUUUAUUGCGAGGCAUUGUUUUGAUAACGCGAGUGCUUUCCUGCUUUGUCACCGAACGCUUUUAGUCGAUUGCCUUUUUUUUUUCUUUGGUUUUUACCACUUGCUGCGACGUUUUCUAUAGCGUUCCUUUCGUUUACAACCGUCUGUUCCUGAAGAGCAUUUUUUGGCCUUUUAAUGCUCUCGUUUUUACAAGUGACCACUGGAUCUCUCUGGUUCCCAGACUGAAAUGCUGAUUGUGUUCCUUUUCUUUCCCCGCACUCGAAAGUGGUAGUAAUUGUAUGUUUCUUUUAAAGAAAGAAAAAAAUAGCCGAUUUUCAAUUCGCAAUUUGGUGCUUGCUCUUUGAAUACGUGAACCAAGGUGUUGGGUGUUAGGUGUCGUCACUUGCGCGCCGGUUUACUUUGGAAUGUACCGCGUCCAAGGGGAUUUUACACUCUCUAUGGCGGACUCCGUAGGAACUUGUUGCAAAUGUUGAGGGGAAGAGAUGGGGGUCAUGAGGGCGGGGCAAUUUGUUGAACACGCAAAGGAUAUGUUAUCGUUCACCUGUUGGAAUGUACAGCUACUCUGAGGAGGCCAUCGCGACGCGCUCCCCCGAAGUGACGUUUUUGUCGUUGGUCGAGUGGUGCGAUGUUUUAAUUUUUUAAUGAGGCCAAUUCGUUAUCAAUAUUGAAAUGAGGUUGUUUUUUUUGUGUGUGUGUUUUUUUUUUUCGUAAAUCAAACAAGAAGAAAAAAAAGCACGGUGUUCUAAAUAAAUGCUUAUGUCUUCA